AUGGACACUCCGAAGGUGGACUCGACCAAGGCCCUGGUGAACCACUGGCGCAUCUUUCGGGUGUCGGGACUGCAUCCGCCGGCCAAGAGCACCCUGUGGGGCCGCCACUACAGGGCGUACUCGAUAGCGUGGAAUGUGGUGUUCCGCUUCUGCGUGUGGCUGUCCUUCUCGGUGAACUUUCUGCAGUCCAAGUCGCUGGAGACCUUCUGCGAGAGCCUCUGCGUGGCCCUGCCCGACACGCUCUACAUGCUGAAGUCCCUCAACUUUUACCUGAAUCGCGGCGAGAUGCUCCACAGCCACCGGAUGCUCCGCCACCUGGACAGGCGCCUGGGCUGCUCCGACGACGUGCGCAUCGUCGCUGAGGGUGUGGCCGGGGCGGAGGCCAUAUUCCGGAUCCUUGGCCGCUGCGUGGUGGGCAUAUUGUGCCUGGGCAUCGUCUACAUCAUCAUGGCCAGCGAGCCCACGCUGAUGUACCCCUCGUGGAUACCCUGGAACUGGAAGGACAGCACCGCCGCCUUCCUGAUGGCCGUCAUCCCGCACACCUUCGGCCUGAUGGUGACCGCCAUGGAGGUGCUCAACCUGACCACCUACCCGUGCACGUACCUCAUCCUGGUCAGCGCGCACACCAAGGCGCUCGCCUGGCGAGUGGCCAGACUGGGACACCACCCGCCACUGGCAGCGGAGGAGGUGCAGCAACUCCUGGUCGGGUACAUACAGGACCACCAGGUCAUCUUGAGGCUGGUGGAGUCGCUGCAGCGAUCCCUGUCGAUGACCUGCUCGAUGCAGUUCCUCUCCACCGCCUGCGGCCAGUGCACCAUCUGCUACUUCCUGCUCUUCGGCCAGGUGGGGGUCAUGCGGUUCACCAACAUGCUGGCCCUGCUGCUGGCCUUCACCACGGACACCCUGCUGCUCUGCUACAUGGCGGAGCAGCUCUGCCAGGAGGGCGAGUCCCUUCUGGUGGCGGUCUACAACUGCAACUGGCUGGACCAGCCCGUCCAGUUCCGGCGACUCCAUCUCCUGAUGCUCAAGCGGUGCCAGAAGCUGCCGAUCCUGAUGGCCGGCAAGAUAAUGCCCAUCAGCAUGAAGACCUUCCUGAUGAUGAUCAAGGGAGCCUACACAAUGCUCACUCUACUCAACGAAAUGCGCAAAACUACGCUCGAAAGCCACUAAUUGAAAAGGAUGUGCAGUUGCUGUGGGAAAACUUAAUUUGGAAAAGCUG